UUGGUUGAGAGACCACAAACUCCACCACGGCCCAAUCACCACCCGCUCUCCUUUCUUUAACCCUCCCACGGUGGACGCCGAAUCAUCGCUCGCCACUUUGGCAUCUGCCGGAAUCGAUACCCACCACCACCACCACCGCGCCGCCAUAUAUACCGCCUCCCCCUGCCACUGCCACUUCCCCUCUCCUCCCACGACCUCGCAUCCUUGCCCUGACACAGAAAGGCCGAAUCUUGCCUUGCCUUGCCUUACUCGGCCGGGAUGAUGAAGGAGUCGUGGAUGGAGGUGCUGCCGCGCCCGCCGGCGCCCUACUUCCCCGGCCAGGCGGGCGGCUGGUUCCUGCAGGACACGCGGCACGGCUCCGGCGGCGCCUGGUCGCAGGAGGAGAACAAGCUCUUCGAGGAGGCGCUCGCGCGGGUCGACGGCGACGCGCCCGACCGGUGGGAGCGGGUGGCCUCGCUGCUGCCCGGCAAGUCCGUCGCCGACGUCGUGGCGCACUACGACGACCUCGAGAACGACGUCUGCUUCAUCGAGGCCGGCCUCGUGCCCUUCCCCCGCUACGACGCCAACGCCGGCUCCCCGGCCUCCGGGUUCACCCUGGACUGGGACGGCGGCGGCGGGGACGACGCCCUCGCCUUCAAGCGCUCCUGCUACCUUGUCGGCGGCAAGCGCGGGCGCGGCUCCGACAACGAGCGCAAGAAGGGCGUGCCCUGGACGGAGGAGGAGCACAAGCUGUUCCUGAUGGGCCUGAAGAAGUACGGGCGCGGGGACUGGCGGAACAUCUCGCGCAACUUCGUCACCACCCGCACGCCCACGCAGGUGGCCAGCCACGCGCAGAAGUACUUCAUCCGCCUCAACUCCGGCGGCAAGGACAAGCGGCGCUCCAGCAUACACGACAUCACCACCGUCAACAUCCCAGACGACGACAACCCAUCGCCGUCGCCGCCCUCCUCCGUGCUCACCCACGCCUCCGCCUCCGCCGCCGUCCCGGACCAGUUCGGCGGCGCGCUCGUCGACAGCAAGCCGCCGCAUCAUGCGGCCCCUGCUGGCAGCGGGCACCACCACCACCAGUUCGUGCCCCAUCAUCUCUACGGCGGCGUCAAGCUCGAGGCCAGCGGCGGCGGGUACCACGGCGGUUGCAUCGACGACUCUGUUCUGAUGCAGAUGCAAUGCGGCCAGCUCCAGCCUCUCGGUUGACCCAAGCUCCUUUCUUGAAGCUGCCCGCCCGCCCGCCCGGACUCGGAGGAAGAAGCACCCAGCUCUGCGCGUGCUCUCGGUUCCACCCAGCUGCAACGGAGAACGAAAUGGAUCAGACCUGCACGAGCACACACGCAAGCAGGAAUGGAGAUGAAGCAUGAGGAGCAGCUGGCUGGGUACGGCAAGCAUUUCCGGGUUUGGUCUCCCUGUACAUAAGACCACGCCCACGGUGGAAAAAUAAUUAAUAUUCCGAUUGCUGUUUGAUUAAUCUCCCCAGCCAUGGGAGGCCUACUACUUGAGCUUGGGAAGCACACUAGCGUACCACUGCCAGCUAGCUAGACGCUCUGAUUUUUUUUUCUCAUUUCCUUUUGUUGUAAACAUUGGUCAGCUGUUAGUGUCGUGCAUGUAUUUUGGAUAGCAGCAGUUAGCAGCAAAUACUGCCUCGUCUUGGUGUUUCUUUUUUCCCUCUUGUAAUUUUUAUCUUCCAGUUGAGGGCAUUAGCACUGGUCACCCUCUCAU